AUGUUGCAAGUAGGAACGGCUAGAAUUACACUUCAAUUAGCACAUAUUUUGAAGAAAAAUGUUCCAAAUAUCCUCAUUCAUUCUAAAAAAUACUCUUCAACAACACGGAUUCCCGAUUUUUCAAAUUAUAAAUCAGAGUCUUCCUUAGCAGUAAAUAGAGCAUUUUCAUACUUUAUGGUUGGUACGUUUGGCAUGGUAGCAGCAGCAGGAGCACAAGCUACAAUUACGGACUUUUUAUCAAAUAUGUCAGCGUCAGCAGAUGUUCUUGCUAUGGCAAAAGUAGAAGUAGAUCUUUCAAAUCUUCCGGAGGGAAAAAAUCUUAUUAUUAAAUGGAGAGGAAAGCCGGUUUUUAUUCGGCAUCGUACGCAAGAUGAGAUUGAUGAGGCUCGUUCUGUCAACAUAUCAUCUCUUAGAGACCCACAGUCUGAUGACGACCGUACUAAAAGGCCAGAGUGGCUUGUUAUGAUUGGUGUUUGUACUCAUUUAGGUUGUGUUCCUAUUGGUGAAGCAGGUGAUUACCGUGGAUGGUUUUGUCCAUGCCAUGGGUCUCACUAUGAUAUUUCUGGUCGUAUACGAAAAGGUCCUGCUCCUUUGAAUCUUGAAGUCCCAGAAUACGAUUUUCUAAGUGAUGAUAAACUUGUUAUUGGAUAA